AAAAGCAAUCAAAUUUAUUAGAAAAUUAAUUCCAUUUGAGAGGGCUCGCGUAACGCGUCUAUAUUUAGUCGAUCCAGUAAAUAUGUGAACAUAUUCUCAGACGUUUUAUUUCAUUUAACCCAUGCAUAACACCAUAUGAAUACAAAUUAGUUGAAACAUAUUUUUAUGAAAUGGAAAUCGUAUCUAUCAAGUUCACUUUCCACACUGUAAAGAAACGAAAGUGGCAAGCGUCGUGAUUCGAAUCAAUAGGCGAGACACGACACGCGUGAGAGAAAAAUCAGGACAAUCUAUCAAGAUUCGGGACGGGUUAUGUCGUACGGUUCUCACGUAGGUUCUCUUUGCGUGCGAGGAAUCACGAUAUAUCGAUGAAGGACCAAGAGGGACCUUCGCUAUUUUUUUCUCUUCUGUUUCUUUUUUUUUCCCUCGAAAUCAUUCAGUAUCGAUCGGUUAGUGAAAUCGAGCGUAAUAAACGAUCACGAAAGGAAUCGGCGUUUCGUGCGUGAAAAAUAAAAACUAGAAACAAAAAAAAAAAGAAGUAGACAACUCGAAAGAUCUUUUUUUUUUAUCGUGAUGGAAAAGAAACAUCAGUCCGUAUCCGGUACACCGGACGAGAACGUUUAUCGCAAACGACGUAAUUCUUAUAGCGAAGCAAUGACCGAGGAAAAUACAAUCGAGGAUCACGAUUUACAACACGUGGAACGUCGUUAUUCUCGGGGAAGCUUAGAAACGGGUUCUACCAUUUUACGUAGAAGUACAAAAUCCCGAGAAAAUUCGAGCAUAGAAUCGGUGACCUGGUCAUCGACUAGUUUCGAUUCUAAACGAGAUUUAAAUCGCACAACUUCCGCGAACUCUAGUAGUAAAUCCUGGAGCGAGGCUGAGAUUCACGAGGUACUUCGUUCUUAUCCCGAUAUAUUAUCGAGAUUGACCAGAUGCAAGUGUUACGUGGAUAUAAACAACAAGUGUCAGUGUCGUUGUCGUUAUCAGUGUUCAUGCAAUCAGUGUUGUAACCGUCAGCGUCGUAGGAUAUCCGCGAUCUCAAGAAGAGACUCCUUUGGUAGUUUCAAACGAAAGGAUUCGAGUUACUCGGUAUCGACCUGCCAAAGCUUCCUUCCACCGACGUCAGGACGAAACUCAGCUGUUAGUCUCUAUCGUAUCGGUAACUACAAUGGCCAAGACUCAGAUCAGAACGAAACGAUCGUCAAGAAGGACUCGAUUCAAAGGCGGCAUUCCGAUCAAACGCAUUUCGUUCGUGGCUGCCAGAUCGAAUACGCGGAUAGACGGAGAUACUCUGAACAGACACCGAGAGAUACCAUCUGUGAGUGUACGGCUAGGUGCAAUAACCACUUGAGAUCGAGACUCUCUUCGAGAUUCCUAGCGAAGGCGGGACAGAAAAGAUCUUGGCUGUCCUUUCAACGAGCGAGUACCGACGAUGUCGCUGUUAAAGAAGCCGACGAGACUGACAACGAGAAGGACGGAAACGAUUCAGGGAUUUCAAGCGUUCCUGAGAAUCGCAGAAAGAGUAAUGCGACCGAAGUCAAUCCUAAGAUGUACAAAAGACGAUUUUCCGAACAGCUUAUAUUGGAAGCUGGUCUCAGUAGUUUCCCAGAUUUUGAAACCCUCGUAACCGAACGAGAUGACAAUGCCGAAGACGAGGAAGAAUCUUUCACAGGUAUUAAUGCCAGAAAGAGACUUACUUUGAAGAAACAUUACUAUCCUGAGGGUGGUUGGGGUCGAACUAUAAUUCUCGUGGCCGUUUUAGUACAGUUACUCUCUCAUGGCUUGCAACUCGCAGCAGGAGUUAUCUUGACUCCGACGAUUAAUCAUUUCCAACAUGAUGUCAGGGAUGCAGGUUCAAAGAAAAUCUCUUCGUAUUAAAGGAAAACGAGAGAUCCUUCCACUUGACGCAAUCUCGUCUUAUUAACGUAAACUCCCAACCCUAAGCCUCAUCACGCGAAAGUCUUCUACGAUGCUUCAUCGUCGCAUCUAGGUUGAAGUGGAUUAGAGGACGCGCAGAAAAUUAAAUCCAGAGCCACGCUUGCAAUAACAUCGUGCCAGCUGCAUCAAGUUAAGGUUUGCAUGUGCGUCAUCGGUAGGAGACUCCUUUUUGAAGAGACUCCGGGGAAAUUGUUCGAGAAAAAAGUGGUCAAACCGGACAGAUGUUCGAUCGAUCGUAUUUAGGUGAAUCCUUGUAGAUUAAUCCUAACCUAGAUUCACGUUUCUAGUGCAUAGAACGAAUAUAAAAACAACAACAAAAACAAAUAUUCCCAUCGACUAAAACUCUCGUUGUUCGAAUGAAAAUCUGAAGGCAAUUUUCUAAAGUGCUGGAAUAUCCACGUUAAUUAUCAAAGAUCUCCAUCAUUUUUAGAUCAAUCCGUACGAUAUCAAGUAGCCUCGAAUGGACGAAAGGGAAGGGAAAAUGGAAGUGGAUGGGGAGGGGAAUGGAAGAAGAAUAAUAACUCAUUCUUCAUUGGAUAUUUUUAAAUUUAUUGGGACGAAAAUAGAGGAAAGAACGUGAUAUCUAACGCGUUAAAACUGACACGUUAUCGAUAAUUGAACCGAGUUAUACGAUCAGUUUUAUGAGAAAGACUACCGAUCGACUAUCAUAAAUGUUAAAGGUUGUCAAUGAAAUCUCAUCCUGCUGUAGUUGUAAUCGUCUUACAACUAUCAUUUCCUUUAUAGAAUCUCAUGGAUUUCUUUGUCUUCGAUCGUAAUUGAGAAGAUUUAAUGAUACAACGAUAAUAGAUUUGAAAUAAUCUGUUUUAUUAUCUUUCAUGGAUAUUAACGGUACUUAAAAACAAACAGAAUCGAUUUAAAAUUCUGAGAAC